AUCAUUAGAUCCAGUCGUGGCAGACGACACGCACGACAACGUUCUGUGCAGCUAGAUCCAUCUGUCAUGUUUGUUUAAAGGCCAAAGACAACAUUUUAAGUCAUGAACAGCCUUGGCUUGAACAUAAUUUUCAAAAUGGGGUGUCUUUGUUCCAAAGAUUCUGUCACCGUAAACUCUAAGAAGUAUUUCCUGCGUGAACAGUUAGGGGAGGGUGGUUUUAGUACUGUUUACUUGGGAGAAGAAGCUGGUUCAAAAAAACUUGUAGCUAUUAAAAAAAUUAUCUGCCAUGGUAUGGAUGACGAAAGAGUUGCACUUCGUGAAGCAGAAUAUCAUGAAGUUCUUCAGCACAAGAAUGUAUUAAAAUGCUUGGAUUCAUCUCUGACUGGCCAUGCUGAUCCUGUAUUAAAUUCAACCAGCAUGGUCUUAUUGGUACUUCCAUAUUUUCCUCGUGGCACCUUGUUGCACGAAUUGGAAAGACGGGCAGCAAAUCAAAGGCACAUGGAACCCCCUGAAAUUUUGUGCAUGUUCUUACAAAUCUGUGAAGGUAUUAAGGCAUUUCAUGAGGCCAAACCAGAACCUCUGGCUCACAGAGAUUUAAAAACUGCGAAUAUCUUAUUGGAUAAUUACAACAAUCCAAUUAUUAUGGAUUUAGGAUCAGUAGCUCGUGCAAGGGUUAAAAUAACAGGUACUUCAGAUGCUCAGAAGCUUCAAGACCUAGCAGCAGAACGUUGUUCCAUGCCCUAUCGGGCCCCUGAACUAUGGAAUGUUGAAUCAUAUUGUAUAAUUGACGAAAGAACAGAUAUAUGGUCAUUGGGAUGUUUGCUUUACGCAAUGUGCUACUUCAAAUCACCAUUUGAUGCAGUCUAUGAACGAGGUGACAGUGUAGCAUUGGCUGUUAUUAGUGGAACCGUACAUUUCCCUGAAAACACACCUUUCUCUGAGGACAUACAUGAUCUCAUCCUCUUCAUGCUUCGUGUAAAUCCCAUGGAACGGCCAUAUAUCUACAGUGUAAUAGAAAAAGUGACAGACACACUCGCUCAAUAUGAGGGAAAAGCAUAAAACUGAAAUUUUGAAAAUGACUUAAAAAUCCAAGGUGCAAUUUCAACUUUAAACCUCACUGCGCCUGCUAAUUCCAAUUUUCUGUGAUUUUUUCAGAAUCAAAGCUCUUGUGUCCAAUGUAAAAUUGUACUAUAGACUUGGCUUUUGAAACAGAACUGGGCCUAGCUGUUGAGGCAUGUUCAUUGCAGCGGUCUCAUAUCCAUUCACUUAGUAUUAUUACAUCACAAAUACUGUUGUAUCAUUGGCAUUAAUAAUCUAUACAAUAGUAUAUCUUUGUUAACAGUCUACUUUUAUUAUUUUGAGUUAAUUAUUUUUAAACCACAAAGUUUAUAAUUAUGAAGUUGCAUAUGAUUUUGGUUUUUACUUAGAUUAUAAAUUUUUUUUAAACAA